AUGGAUAAAUUCCAAAAAGCUUGGAACACCCUCAACCCUCCACCCCCCAUAUCUCGACUGGAGUUCCAACGGGUGGACCAAUGCCCCGGACAGACAAUGGGGCGUCGAUUUCCUCCCAAGCUGCCGGCGGCACGACUUCUGCUACAGGACUACAAGAGCCAGAGCCGCCUCACGGCCGGAGAAACAGGGCGAAAAAUUGAUCAGAACUUUGCGCCUUGA